AUGAGAGUUGCUGUAUUUGGAGCGUCCGGCGUUCAAGGGCGAGCACAGGUGGCUGCCCUUGUCCACGCUGGCCACCAACCUGUUGCCAUCAGCCGCAGUCCUAAACCGAUAGAGAUAGAUGGAAACCCGGUUGAAACGGCUGCUGCAGACUUUGCCGAUGCGAAGGCUCUCGACCUUGCGCUCUCUGGAGUAGAAGUCAUCUUCCUUAAUCUGCCUUCCACGUCCUUCCAAAAGGCCGAGCCGGUCAUCGCAGCAGCCAGGAACGUUGGCGAGGCUGCAAAGCGCACGCCCACCCUCAAGCUUUUGAUCUUUAAUACAAGUAUGCCCGUACCGAAGGUCCCUCAGAACAUUGAGGCUCAGGAUCACCGACGCGAGAUGCGUCGUGUUUUACGGGACUUGGGCUUGCCCGUAGUGAGCAUCGAGCCUGUUGUCUUUAUAGACAAUCUGCUCGAAGGCUGGGCGCUUCCACCUAUCGUGGAGCGCAAUACUAUCGUGUAUUGCCACAAAGAAGACCUCGAGGUUUCGUGGAUCUGUCAUCACGACGUCGCCCAGCUUAUGAUCGCAGCAAUGGAGCGCGGACCCGAGCUCGCAGGACGAGAUAUUCCUGUUGGUGGACCGGAGACCGUACGUCUCGCGCAACUAACGGAGAAACUUGCACGUGCAUGGAAUCGCCCAAUGCAGUAUGAGUCCAAGGAGGUGGACGAGUUCUGUGACGGAAUUGGAGACGCGAUGAGCACCCGGUCCGGACUCGACAGAGAUGUGGUGGUUGAUCAAAUGCGGCGAGCAUACAGGUGGUAUAAUGACCAUCCAUCAGAUCCUUUCAAGGUCGACAUGGCUCCGGUGUUGAAGGAGCUACCGGUGAAACUGACGCCGAUCGAAGAGUGGGCGCGUUGGCAAAAGCUUCCAAGUAAAGCAUGA